ACUUGUCGAUCAUAUAACACUCGAAGUUCUUUGUAAGUGGACUUCAGACAAACAAAUUAAGGGUGAUAUGAUAGAUUCGACACUUAAGAAAUGGCUAUAAGUUAUAUUCCUCGUGUGACACAGUUGGACGCGGGCCAGUUAGAUGAGCAGCUGGAAGAGCUGCUUAAACAACAAUUAUUUAAUGCUACAAAAUAUUUAGAGCCAGGUAUUCUGCAGCCAGUACUACCAGAAUUAGAACUACUUCUCCGAACAUGGAUAUUCAAAUAUUCAGUCUAUGACAACAAAUGCACUUUUGGCCAAAAAAUGCUUUCAUUGAAGUAUAACACAAAUAACUUCUCCAAGUCUAAACUUUACUGGUAUUAUGGGUACACAAUUGGAUUAAAAUAUUUAAAAGAUAGAGCUAUAUACAGUUGGACUUCUAAUACUAAAGUACAGAAUUUUGUGCACCAGUUAGAAACAUUUCAGUUAUUUGGAGACAUUUUAAAUUUUCUGAGGUUUAUAAGAAGUGGCAAAUAUCCAGUGCUCAUAGAUUUUAUUUUGGGUUUGGAGUUGACGGCUGAUAAGCUCACCAGAGAGGACCUGACUGAUUUUUCAUGGACAAGAGAACUUCUGUGGCAUAAUUUUAUUGAACUAAUAGGUACCAUCAUAUCUUUGAUGAACAUUUUUGGUCUCCGAAGACGACUCAGCAACAUAUUGAAGUAUGUGUGGUGGCGGCAGCAUGUGAAGCCAGUGUCAAAGCCAGGGCCACCCGUUAUGACCCACCUCACUUUAUGUGCCUGUUGCUCUACCAAACCGGUUUUACCUCAUACCAUGGGCUGCUCACAUAUCUUCUGUUAUUACUGCUUAUCGACCAAUAGAACGCUAGAUCCAGACUUUGCAUGUCCUAAGUGCUAUUAUAAAGGAAAGGAAAUAAAUAGAUUUACAAUGGCUUAAACGAUAAAGAGAAAUUAACAUUUUAUUGAUUUAUGAGGUGGAGGUGUCAAUAUUUCACAGCUGUGGAAGUGUGGACUAAUGAGUAAUGACAAAUAAGGUACCUACAGUAAGCAUCAAAUGGAUAGUGUGGCCAAAUAUUUCGUAACACCUUAGUUACCAUGUAAUUAAGUAAAAACUGUAUAAUUUGGUUUUAUCUGUAAAAUAUAUUAAUUUAAUUAUUAAGGUCCAUUCAACUGACGUCAAUACCUAGUCAUUUAAUUUAAACAACUAAGUCUUCACAGUGUGGGAGGAACACCACAAAUUUUACUUAUGAAUCGAAUUUUAUUUAUGUACCUACCUCCUACCUAAGUAUCUAGUUAUGUUUAUUUUCUUAUUACAUAGAGUAGUUGGUAUUCGUAUGUAGGUAUUUCGAUGCCGGCCUUAUUUUCGAGGGUAUUCUGCUAAUACUUUUAUGUAUGUAAACACACUUUAAAAUCUCUUAUCUUAAAUUAAAUUAUCAAAAUCAUUUGCUUUUGAGAUGCCGCUAUUAGGCUUAUGGGGGCAGUAUCGGUGACUUGUUAUAAAACUAAAUGGUAAUAUAAAUUUGUUUAUUGUUUACAAUUUGUACAAUAUAUGUAUUUUGUUUACAAA